CACAGACUCUCCUCAGGGCCAGUAGGACUAAUCCGCUGUGCCGGAACAGACUGCCGGUCUAAUCUCUGGUGAGAGGGAGACACGAAAGGGGAAUGAUGGGUACCAGGCACCGAGGGCUCGGACACACUCAGGCGGGGCUACAGGGCGUUAUCGGCAGUGUGGGAAAGCAUGGAGCACCCGCGCAACUCCCAGGGAAGAAGUGAACGCAACGGCAGGGACAGCGACACGACCCUCCGACCCACCCCGGAGGACCGAACUCUACCCCGGGCACAGUGCUGGUAGGAGCGGCGCCCGGGCUGGAAGAAGAAGGGACUCAGAGUGUCGGAGCUCCGCUAUUGCCUGUUUGUCUGGGACUGCACCGGGAGAGAAGACAGACAGACAGACAGGCGUUCCCGCUAUGAGACAUUAGCGGCCACCAUCCAUCUAGGCUACCGCCUGACACACACAACACACACAGCCAAGUCGGACAUCCAGAGCGCAGUUUUCACAAUGAGUCGUUAAAUUCCUGCUCUCGGUCUCCGGAGUGGAGGAGAAGAGGAGAAGAGGAGGAGAAGAGGACAAGAGGAGGCGGCAGAGAGUUUCAUUCAUCUAUCUUCGUGUGUGUGUGUGUGUGUGUGUGUGUGUGUGUGUGUGUGUGUGUGAGAUGGACCGCGUUCCAGCCGUGGUGGCCGUUAAGAUGCGGUGGAUAACCCUGUUAGUAGUGGGUCUAACGGUCUGGACUACUCUGUCUCACUGCUUCGACUAUGAAGAACCAGGUUUUGACUAUUACAACGAAGAAGACAGGACGGACAAUAUAGACUACAAAGACCCGUGUAAAGCCGUUGCGUUUUGGGGAGACAUUGCGUUGGACGAGGAGGAUCUGCGGAUGUUUCAGAUCGACAGGACAAUAGACGUGACGCAACACACACAAACUCACACACACACUCACACACACUCCAGACAAGGACAGACGACGGACUAUAGGCCUAUGAACUCCAGUCAAGAAUCAGCCUCCGGUCCCAGGACCCAGACUGUGAAAACAGCUGCUGGAAAGUCUGGGAAGGCUGGGAAAGCCGUAAAGAGUGGGAAUAGAGUGAAGUCAGCGAGAUUGGGGAAACCAGAGAAUGCCUGGAGCGUUGUUGUGAAGAAUCGUGUUCCUAGAGCAGCAACCUCCCGAGCUGAGAGGAUCUGGCCAGGAGGAGUCAUUCCUUACAUCAUCGGAGGAAACUUCACUGGCAGUCAAAGAGCGAUGUUCAAGCAGGCGAUGCGUCACUGGGAGAAACUGACCUGCGUGACCUUCAUGGAGAAGACUGAAGAGGAGAGUUACAUCGUUUUCACGUACCGACCCUGUGGCUGUUGCUCCUACGUGGGUCGUCGUGGUAACGGUCCUCAGGCGAUAUCGAUAGGGAAGAACUGUGAUAAGUUUGGCAUCGUGGUUCAUGAGUUGGGUCACGUGAUCGGGUUCUGGCAUGAACAUACCCGGCCCGACCGAGACGAUCACGUCACCAUCAUCAGAGACAACAUACAACCAGGUCAGGAGUAUAACUUCCUGAAGAUGGAACCAGGAGAGGUGAACUCACUGGGAGAGCCUUACGACUUCGACAGCAUCAUGCAUUACGCUAGGAACACCUUCUCACGAGGUAUGUUUCUAGACACCAUCCUCCCAUCUAGAGAUGAGAAUGGGAUCCGUCCUGCCAUUGGCCAGAGAACCAGACUCAGUAAAGGAGAUAUAACUCAGGCCAGGAAGCUCUACAGAUGCCCCGCAUGCGGGGAGACCCUACAGGAGUCGACAGGUAACUUCUCGUCGCCCGGAUAUCCAAACGGUUACCCCUCGUACACACACUGUGUCUGGAGGGUCUCUGUCACCCCGGGAGAGAAGAUCGUUCUAAACUUCACCACUCUGGACCUGUAUAAGAGCUCUCUCUGUUGGUAUGACUACAUAGAGGUUAGAGAUGGAUACUGGAGGAAGGCCCCACUGCUAGGUAGGUUCUGUGGGGACCAGGUUCCUGAGGGUCUGGUGUCGUCAGAGAGUCGGAUGUGGAUUGAGUUCAGAAGCAGCAGUAACUGGGUGGGCAAGGGGUUCACUGCUGCUUACGAAGCUAUCUGUGGGGGAGAGAUCUUGAGAGACCAGGGUCAGAUCCAGUCCCCUAACUAUCCUGAUGACUACCGUCCGUCUAAAGACUGUGUUUGGAAGAUCACCGUCUCAGAGGGAUACAACGUAGGACUCAGCUUCCAGGCCUUUGAGAUCGAGAGACAUGACAGCUGUGCCUACGACUACCUGGAGGUGCGUGACGGCCCGGCUGAAUCCAGCCCUCUGAUUGGUCGGUUCUGUGGGUACGACAAACCAGAGGACGUCCGCUCCACCUCACACUCUCUCUGGAUGAAGUUUGUCUCCGACGGGACCGUCAACAAAGCCGGCUUCGCCGCCAACUUCUUCAGAGAGGAGGAUGAGUGUUCUAAGCCAGAUACCGGGGGCUGUGAACAGAGGUGUGUCAACACGCUGGGCAGCUUCAAGUGUGCCUGCGACCCCGGGUACGAGCUGGCCCUGGACAAGAAGAGAUGUGAAGCUGCAUGUGGAGGUCUUCUGUCUAAACUGAACGGAACCAUCUCCACUCCCGGCUGGCCCAAAGAGUACCCCCCCAAUAAGAACUGUGUGUGGCAGCUAGUUGCUCCAACCCAGUACCGGAUAUCAAUGCAGUUUGAAUCCUUCGAGCUGGAGGGCAACGAGGUGUGUAAGUAUGACUCUGUGGAGGUGCGUAGCGGCCUGUCGGCGGACAGUAAGCUGCAUGGAAAGUACUGCGGUACGGAGGUUCCCGAG